AAGAAAAAACCCAAAGAUUUAUUGAGCGAGCCACCGAUUGACGCAGUUGAAACACAUGAAUCCAUUCCACGCGGACAAUAGAUCCAGGGAUGUCUCAGAUUAAUCUAACACAGAGAACUUGGUGAAGAAACGUAAUCAGAAAGCUGAUUUAUUAUAUACUUUUCUGCCAAAGAGUUGAUCUUGAGGGGACAGGAGGAGUGAAGAGAGGAAGAAAAGAGAUGAUUUUGAUGGAAUCAAAUCUCAGGUGGGCUUUGUAUGCCAUCUUGAUCUCCAUGACGUUUUCGGGUCUUGUUCUUGAGCAUCAAGUUCUCGCCGAAGGUGUUAAGCCUGAUGAAGCUAAACAGCUUAGAGACGAGGUACGUGAGAUGUUUUACCAUGCUUUUGAUGGAUAUAUGAACAACGCGUUUCCACUCGAUGAAUUGAAACCGUUGUCCUGCCAAGGAGAAGAUACUCUUGGAGGCUAUGCGUUAACCCUGAUUGACUCGUUGGAUACAUUAGCUUUGCUUGGUGACCGAGAGCGCUUCACUUCUUCUGUUGAAUGGAUUGGUAAAAAUCUUCAGUUUAAUAUAAACAAAACUGUCUCUGUGUUUGAGACAACUAUCCGAGUCCUUGGGGGUUUACUAUCUGCUCAUCUGAUUGCAAGUGAUUAUGCAACGGGAAUGAGAAUUCCAUCGUAUGACAAUGAGUUACUAGUCUUGGCUGAGGAUUUGACACGGAGAAUGCUUCCUGCAUUUGAUACACCGACUGGAAUUCCAUAUGGAUCUGUGAAUUUGAUGUACGGUGUCGACAAACAUGAAAGCAAGAUAACAUCAACUGCAGGUGGUGGUACUUUGAGUUUAGAGUUUGGUGUGCUUAGUCGCUUAACAAAUGAUCCUGUUUUCGAACAAGUUGCAAAGAAUGCGGUGAGGGGACUAUGGGCACGUCGUUCAAGUCUCGACUUGGUUGGUGCUCACAUCAAUGUCUUUACAGGUGAAUGGACACAGAAGGAUGCUGGUAUAGGAACAAGCAUUGAUUCCUUCUAUGAGUAUCUCCUCAAGGCUUAUAUACUAUUUGGGGAUGAGGAAUAUUUAUACAUUUUUCAAGAAGCUUACGGGUCUGCAAUGCAAUACCUUCACAAGGAUCCUUGGUAUGUAGAGGUCAAUAUGGAUUCCGGAGCUAUUGUCUGGCCAGUUUUCAACAGCCUUCAAGCUUUCUGGCCAGGACUUCAGGUUUUAGCUGGAGAUGUCGAUCCGGCCAUUAGAACUCACACUGCCUUCUUUAGCGUCUGGAAACGAUAUGGUUUCACUCCUGAAGGUUUUAAUCUUGCUACACUUAGUGUCCAGUAUGGUCAAAAGAGUUAUCCACUGAGGCCGGAAUUAAUCGAGAGCACAUACUGGCUGUACAAAGCUACCAGAGAUCCAAGGUAUCUUGACGCAGGACGUGACUUUGUGGCUAGUUUGCAAUACGGGGCAAAAUGUCCUUGUGGUUAUUGUCACAUCACAGAUGUUGAACAACAUAAACAAGAAGAUCACUUGGAGAGCUUUUUCCUCGCAGAAACUGUCAAAUACUUAUGGCUACUCUUUGACUUAGCUGUUAACUCAGAUAACCUCGUCGACAAUGGCCCUUACAAAUACAUCUUCAGCACUGAAGGACACUUAUUACCAUUAACUCCGCAAAUAUCUCUAGCUCGAGAACAUUGCUCUUACUUUGGCGGAUAUUGUCCUCGCAAUGCCACUAAACCAGAACAAGAACAAGAGAGUACUCUCAGUAACGUUUACCCUUACCACGAGUCCUUUUCAGUUACCGGUUUGAUAAAGGGUUUAUGCCCAGGACUAACUCAUGCUCAGAAAUACGGUUUCUCUUAUGUUUCACCGGAGAAGACAGAACGUGAAGAUGUUAACCGAGCUAAACCGGUAAUUACAAGCCGUUCGAUUGUAUUGGUGUCUGAUCAAACAGUGGAAAAGAGACCACAGGUUGAUGUAGAAGAAGAAGAAAAGUUUACUUCUCAGCCUGAACCAAUUAUGAGUAUCUCUGGUGGUAGUAGCAGCGACCAAACUGGUCAAGAGCUAACCUUGUUAGAGUCAGAAACUGAUGAUCAAAGAUUAUACUCUUCUUAACUUUCUCUGAUUUAUUUUACAUUUUCCCAAAAAUAGAAAAGGUUACAGUUUUGCUUUGUUUUUAAAUGUAGAUUAUUAUCAAAACUCAUCAAGAGUCUCGAAUCCUUCUUAUUUAAGAUCAAUCUUUGCCUCGAAUCCGUAGGCAUUGUUCAUUGUUCAA